UGUAUUAUAAUCUUUAGUUGUGUUUUGUGUGGAGUUAUAAAUAAGGACAGACAAGGUCUCUGCCUCUUUGGUACCAAUGAUAUAAUUGCUUUUAGAAAAAUAAAAUAAACAUAAUGGUUUAACGUCAAAAAAUAUUUCCGUUAAUUCAAUAUUUGCAAAAUGGAUAUGGAAGCUCCCGUCUCCCUUAUAGAUUUAUCAAAACAAUUACCAUUUGAAAUAGACCAAGCUAUCAAAAAGGAAAUUUGUUUUGGGGAAACAUUGAUUAUUAGCUGUGGGCAUUAUGAGGGAGACCUAGAAGGAGAGGAAUCUGAAUCAGAGUGGUCAUGCGAAGACACUACCGAACCAACGGUGUCAGAGGAAGUGAAGGAGGAUACUGCGUUUGAAGUAAAAGAUUAUGUUCCAGAGGAAUCUCAAGAAGCAGAGGAGGAAGAAGAUGAUGACGAAUUUCAUUUUUACUUUUUCCCUGAUUGUAGUAAACCUCCUCCGCCGGUAAAUAGUAAAACAAGUAUAGUCGUGGUUGACGGAAUGCCAAAAAUAAAUCAGGCAGCAAAAGCACUAAUAUAUUGUACUUGCAAAAAAGAUAAAACAGGCGAAUGUCCAUGUUAUAUGAAAGUGCCGUGCCAGUGUGGAGCCAAAAGUAAGGCUACGUGUACCUGCGCAGAGCUAAAAGAAAUAUGCGUUUGUGCUCCAGGAUACCCUGAAGUUACUUGUAAAUGUAAAGGUAGCAACGUGUGUGUCUGUGAUCCUGACGGGAAAAUAUUGCCAAUAUGCACUUGUGCCAAAGUAGAGAAACCGUGUAUUUGCGAUCCAGAUAGGAGUCCUUGCCCUAUCUGUAAAUGUAAACGUAAGCCUAAGUUUACGAAGGAAGGAAAACCGAAAUAUGAAACAGUUGAAGAGGAAAGCUAUGGGGCUGAAGGAGAAGCUAGCUUUGUCAGUAGUGAAGCUGGAGCUGUCAGAAAAACAGGUGAAACAGGUGAGGAAGAACCUUGUGAAUGCCAAAAGCCACCGCCGAAAGAAUUGUGCUACUGCCUUAAAGGAAAAGAUUGUAUUUGCCUGGCCGAAUGUAUUUGUGGUAUACAACGUACUUGUGUGUGCGAACCAGAAGAGUUCGAAGAUAUUCCCUGUAGAGCUGAUGAAAACAAAUCAAUUUGCAGUUGCGAUGCACCGAAAAAAUGUACUUGCGCUGAGGAAAGUAUUGGUGGUGUUUGCAAAUGCUUUCCAGUAAAAAUUUGUACUUGCAAUAACCCAGAACAUUGCAAGUGCUUCACUACCUGCGAUUGUACAAAUCCGUGCAUUUGUGAUACUUCUCCUGUAAAACUUGAUGAAUGCGUUUGCUUAAAAACACCCAAAAAGGGAAUAUCAGAGUUAAUUUGCACUUGUAGAUGCACUGAGCAAUCAAUGAAAAAAAUUAAAAAAGUUCGCGCGGGUAAAGAAGGCUAUCGUUGGUGCCACGAAAUUGAUCCUCGACAUACAUAUUUCGAUUACGCUUAUGGAAAACAUGAUAUGCCGGCAAUUGAAGAUAAAAAGUUGACAACAGAGAAGUUUAUGAUACAAGGCCUUCAUGGUUCAGAUGCCAAGUCCGAUGAGUGCCCUAUUCAUGGAGUGAAAGCUCCUCCGUUUGAAAAGAAACCAAGGAGACCUUCUUUGGAUUGCUGUAGUGCUGUUGGUGGAAUCAGUAUAUGUGUUGAAACUCUCGGCGAGGACAAAGAUAAGCUCUUAGUUCAAGUUGUCUCGUAUUCGUCAAAGGAAGGUGCAAAAACAGGCUCGAAGCUUGUUAGUAUUCUGGAUUGUAACUUGCAUACGAUGGAGGAGAAUAGACUCGAACAUAUAACAAAGAAAGACUUAACUAAGGAGCGGCGCAGUUACACGGCUAUUUGCGAGAGCGGUUACUAUAAUAAAGUAACUCGCAUUUGCGGUGACAGGCAUGUUGUAAAGCGGUUCUAUCACUCUUUCGACAAGGCUCACAACUUCAUUCUAGAAGGGUCUAACAUUGUGCUUCUACGCUACAUCGCACUUCGACGGUUCAAAGGACAAAUCAAAACUGAUACUGUCAUGAUGGAUGGCACUAUUUGUGAGAGUAUUUAUGUUUCCCAAGGUGUAAGUCAAGGGGUAGUGAAUGGCACGCCGUUCUUUGUGGUCAAAGUUGAACGGCACAUUAUAGAACCUUCUGGAUAUGUGCAUCAGACUCUGACUAUACUUACUCUUAGAGGUUACACUGUUAGUCACGAGUGGGCGGACAAUUGUUACAUGUUGCAUAUAAAUCCACUGCUGAGAGUGAUCCCUGAAAGAGACGAGAUUGAACAACAUGAGCCAUUGCGCGAUGCUUGGCGCGAUGAUCUACAACUUAUGUCCGAUUUUCUGGACUACAAGAACACCCGUGUAUCGGAAGGAGGUCGUUACGUCACCGAGAGUGGGACCCUCACGGGCACUGUGCGCGAUUACCUCCAAGCAAUCCUCUUGCUGCGUCCGCAAGACACCUUGCACUUCACCAGACAUUACUUCGGCACAGUACUCUCAGCCCUCGACCUCCCGCACGACGAAUUCUUCGACCCCGCUUCUAAACACGUCCGAUAUUACUUCUUCGAAGAAUGAUUUGCAGGCUUUAAAACAAGGAGAAGUAAACAAAUGGAGGUCUUACUUGGAAUCGCAUGUCUGUGUACGAUUUCUUCAAAAACAGCGCGUGGGGACAAAUCUUCGGUCCAUGUCCUGUCGUCGGCAUAAUGACAGAGGUGUGGUACAAUCGAGAGACUAUGUGAAUAUAAUGCGUUCGGUAGUAUUCGUUUGUUUACUGAUCCAUGCUUUUAAACUACAAAUUAUCUCGCUGAAUACCAUGCUUAGGAUUAUUUUACUUUAUUUAAGUUUAUAGAUUUUUUAUUUUCCUUCAUUUUAUUGUAUCAUCCUAAAUCUUAAUCUUAGUUUAUAUUCGAGUUUUCCUUUUGACUUUUCUCAUUUUAAAAAUUGUUUAUUUAUCCAAUAUCUUGUUAUUUUAUUGUAUAUGACGGGUUAAGUCUUAGCUCUUGGAAGCCAAAUAAAGUAGGUAAGUAGCUAAUACCGACUGAUCUUCUGUAUAUUGAAGUUCGAAGAUUUUGUGCGCAUUGUUAUUUUGGUCUAAAGCUGAAGCUUCUUAUCAAAGCGUUGCAGCCAUUCGGCAUACGUUAAUGUUACGUUGAACAUUACCGGCAUAUCAGAAAACUCGAAACUUUAGCUGACGGCCAACGUCAAAACUUUACAUGAAAUUAAUUAGGAUUGUAGUUACCCAUCACUAGUAGAAUUACAGUUUGUUAUGGAUUUGACGGUAAAAUUAAAAGUUGGAAAUAUUA